AUCCGGCACGCCGCCGAAUUUGAGAGCUCGCAUGCAAAGAGGUCUGCCAGAGAAGCGACCGAUAAAGGAUGUCAAGAAAGUCAUUGCGGUGUCUUCGGCCAAAGGUGGUGUGGGCAAAUCAACAGUUUCUGGUAUGAUUCAGUUUUUAAUUAUCGUUCUUGAUCUCUCUGCUAAGAAAAACCANGUGAACCUUGCUCUAGCAUUUGCAAGAAGUGGUCUGAGAAGUGGUGUCCUGGAUACCGAUAUCUUUGGACCUUCAAUUCCUACUCUACUUGACCUUGAGGGAAACGAGCCAAGGUUGUCAGCCAAUAACCAAUUGAUUCCGCUCACGAACUAUGGACUGAAAUCUAUGUCUAUGGGCUACCUUGUGCCAGAGACCUCGGCAAUUGUAUGGAGAGGUCUUAUGGUCAUGAAGGCACUUCAACAACUCUUGCACGAGGUCGAAUGGGACGGACUCGAUGUUCUUGUCCUUGAUCUUCCGCCAGGUACUGGUGAUGUACAACUGACGAUCACGCAGCAGAUUGUACUCGAUGGAGCGGUCAUUGUGUCAACACCCCAAGAUGUUGCACUCAAAGACGCGGUCCGUGGUGUAGAGAUGUUCCGAAAGGUCAAGGUGCCGAAUAUGUCUGCAUUCACAUGUCCGAAUUGCUCCACCACGCAUUCAAUCUUCGGCCGCGAGGGUGUUAUCAAGAAGUGUGAUGAGAUGAACAUCAAGCUACUUGCAGAUAUACCUCUUCAUCCCAGCAUCUGUGAAGAUGCAGAUCGUGGUAAACCCACAGUGGUCGCAGAACCAGAUAGCCUGCGAGCACAAGUCUUCAAGGAUCUGGCAGCAGACCUCAGGAAACAAUUGGGAUUC